CUCGAAGCAUACCAACCGGAUGUGCAAAAUCUAAACAUUCUGCACGUUCGUCCAUGCUCCUGUCUGCCUGAACAACGGAUAAUUAUAAACGAAAACACAUUGAUAAGUAAUUAGGACGUACUCCGUCGAACACCGUGAAGAUGUCUUCUCCCGUCGAGAUGACAGAGAUGUACGACCACGCGCUGCUGGGGAUCCUGCAGCACGUCGGCAACGUUCAGGACUUCCUACAGGUCUACUUCGGCUUUUUGUACCGCAAAACUGACUUCUACCGCCUGCUGUCAUGUCCCAACGACCGAAUGGGCUUCCCUCCCGGCAUCGCAGAGAAGAUGGUUCAGAAGGCGUUUAAGAGCUUCGAACGGCUCUCGGAACAGGGCAGAGAUAGGCGACUGAAGGAGCUUAAACAGAAAGAAGAACCCAAAGCACCGCCUCCCGUAGAGCAGGAGGUGUUGGUGGAGUCAGUACCACAGCAGGACAACGCUGAACCAAACACAGAAGCAGUCCGAGUAGAGAAGUCUUCCUCAGAACCAGAGCCAUCUUCUGCAUGCUCCUCUCAACCCGACACGAGUCCACAGGCUACUGCUGGUGGUCCUCCCCAGCCGUCCCAAGAUGCCAAGGCAGAGGCUUCAAGCACAGACCCGGCUUCAGCAACGAGUCAGACCCAGUACCAGGCAGACCCAGACAGCUACAAUGGAGCCACAAGGGAAAACUACAGCUGGUCUCAGGACUACACGGACGUGGAGAUCCGCGUGUUCGUCUCCAAGACGGUUGUCAAGGGCAGACAGGUGUUGGUGAACCUGCUGCCCGGCAGCGUGCGCGUGUGUGUACGGGACGGCGCCGAGGAACAAGUGCUGAUGGAGGGAGAACUGCCGCACAAGAUCAACACGGAGAACUCCCUGUGGAGCCUUGAACCAGGGCGCUGUGUGGUGCUGUCUCUCAGUAAGGUCGGGGAGGUGUGGUGGAAUGCGGUGCUGAAAGGCGAGAAGGAGAUCGACAUUAACCAGAUCAACCGGGAGCGUGGCAUGGCGUCGGUGGACGAGGAGGAGCACGCCGUCCUGGACCGGCUCUCCUUCGACUACCACCAGAAGCUCCAAGGGAAGCCCCAGAGCCACGAGAUGAAGGUGCACGACAUGCUGAAGAAGGGGUGGGACGCUGAGGGCUCUCCGUUCCGGGGGCAGCAGUUCGACCCCACCAUGUUCGACAUCCCCCCCAGCGCGGUGCAGUUCUAAAUCAAACGCUCCCCCCCGCGCGGACAGCGAGGGGGUUACUUACAAACUGUUGCUAUUUCAGGGCACGGGUUGGGGAGAGAAGGGGGGGAUUAAGAACAAAACAAGGUGUGAGGGACGAGGUAUGAGAUCCGUGCCUGGAUGAGAACUUCAGUGCCUGGCUUUAAAAAUGUCCUACUGAUUUUUAAAUGCGUUUUUAAUGGAGCCUCUCUCUUGUCACCUGCUCACCGGAAAGCUCAAAUGUUAUCCCAAAAAGUUUGACAGUUAGAAUAUUGAACUUAUUUAUCCACUGUUGGAGGAUUGAGUCGAUGGUUGAAUUCAUGUGUUGGUUUGCCUUUCUGCCUAUUCGUUUUUGGCUUCUUUGUGUAAAAGUUGUGUGAAAAUAUUAAAUGGUUAUGAAUAAAAUG